AUGUCCUCAUUCUUGCUCAUGACCAAGGCGACAUUGCUAUUGGCAUCGCCCAUGGUAGCUGUUGUCGAUAUCAUCGUCGUGCCGCGCGUCGCACAUUAUCACCUCGUGUCUUUUGAAUACAAGGUGUACGUUGGCAAUUUGUCAUGGAACACCACCGACGAUACCCUCCGCAAUGAAUUCAGCCAGGCCGGCCAAGUCACCGACAGCAUCGUUAUGAGAGACCGCGACACUGGCCGCUCCCGUGGCUUCGGUUUCGUCACCUUUAAUGACAAGGGCGAGGCCGAUGCUGCCAUCGCGCGGUUCCACGAUCAGGAGCUCGACGGUCGACAGAUCAAGGUCAACCUUGCCAACGUUCGCGCUGGUGGUGGUGGCGGUGGCGGUGGCGGUGGCGGUUACCCGAGUGGUUACGGUAGUGGUGGUGGUGGUGGUUACGGUGGUGGUGGUGGUGGUGGUCAUAUUAGCGGUGGUUAUGUUAGUGGUGGUGGUGGUUAUGGUAGCGGUGGUUACUAA